GCCUGAAGUCUCGGCUUCGCAAGGUCCCGCCUCUGGUUUUCCUCUAUCGCCAACCUCUCUGCACCCCGCUUCCCGGCUGUGUGGGCUCAGCUCUGGGGGAAAGCGGCUUCGGGGGUCUCCAGGGUCAGGGUUUCUCUACUCCAUCCCCCCUCCCACUGCAACCCUCUCUACUUCAACGGGUCUUGAGACGGCUUUGGGGGGGCUGUCUGGGCCCCAGAGGGGGAGACCUGGGGUCACCGGCCCCACCCACCCCCCGCACUCGCUGGUACUGUCCCCCGUUAUCCCAGGCCUCUGUGUCUGUCUGGGAUGAGGAGGAGGAUGGUGCCAUCUUUACUGUCACCAGCCGCCAAUAUCAGCCUCGUGAUCCCAUGGCCCCCAUGCCGCCCCCACGCUCCUCUCGACGGCUCCGGGCUGGCAGUUUGGAGGCCUUGGUCAGACACCUUCUGGAUGCCCGGAUGCUGGAGACCGACGAGGCCUUCAUGUCCACCUUCCUGGCCACGCACCGGGCCUUCACAUCCACACCCACCCUGCUUGGGCUUGUGGCUGACAGGCUGGAACGCCUCGAGCACCUUUCCGUGGACGAGCUGGAGAGGACGACAGGGGUCGCCAUCUCUGUCCUGUCCACCUGGCUGGCCUCUCACCCUGAGGAUUUUGGCUCUGAGGUCAAGGGUCAGCUUGACCGGCUCGAGAGCUUCUUGCUUCGGACAGGGUACGCAGGGGCGGGUGUUGGGGGGUGCGGUGCUGACCUCAUCCGCAACCUCCGGUCCCGGGUGGACCCCCAGGCCCCCGACUUUCCUAAGCCCCCGGCCCUCCCCGGCGACCCCCCUGCUGACCCCACGGAUGUCCUGGUGUUCCUCGCUGACCACUUGGCUGAACAGCUGACCCUGCUAGAUGCGGAGCUGUUCCUCAAUCUGGUCCCCUCUCAGUGCUUGGGGGGACUGUGGGGUCACAGAGACCGGCCGGGACAUUCCCAUCUCUGCCCAUCUGUUCGAGCUACUGUCACACAGUUCAACAAGGUGGCAGGGGCAGUGGUCAGCUCUGUCCUGGGUGCCACCUCAACCGGAGAGGGAGCCGGGGAGGUGACCGUACGGCCGCUCCGACCUCCGCAGAGGGCCCGGCUCCUGGAGAAGUGGAUCCGGGUGGCAGAGGAGUGCCGCCUGCUGCGAAACUUCUCUUCCGUGUAUGCUGUGGUGUCGGCCCUGCAGUCCAGCCCCGUCCACCGUCUUCGGGCAGCCUGGGGGGAGGCAGCCAGGGACAGCCUCAGAGUCUUUUCCAACCUCUGCCAGAUUUUCUCCGAGGAGGAUAAUUAUUCCCAGAGCCGGGAGCUCCUCCUGCAGGAAGCGAAUCUGGAGCCCAACUCCAAGAAGGCUCCAAGGCCCGGCUCCCGGGGUGGGGGAGUGGUCCCCUACCUUGGCACCUUUCUGAAGGACCUGGUGAUGCUGGAUGCGGCCUCCAAGGAUGAGCUGGAGAAUGGCUACAUCAACUUUGAAAAGCGGAGGAAGGAAUUUGCUGUCCUCGCUGAGUUGCGGAGGCUCCAGAAUGGAUGUCGUGGCUAUGACCUCCAACCUGACCCUGACAUCCAGCAGUGGCUCCGGGGGCUCCGGCCACUGACCGAGGCUCAGAGUCACCGCGUGUCCUGUGAGGUGGAGCCACCUGAUAUCAGUGACUCUCCAGCCCUUCGGGCACUCCGGCCAACCCUUGUCAUCUCGCAGUGGACAGAGGUUCUCAGCUCGGUGGGCGGCCCCUCCCACCUGGUAUCCUGGGACCAGCCCAGCGCGCGGGGAGAGGAGGUAUCCGGGACCGCUGCUCCUCUGCUGACCCGGCUGGCCCAGCACGUGAAGUGGCCGUCCGUCUCGUCCCUGGACUCCGCCCUGGAGGGCGGUCCUUCCCAGCGAAGUCCGGCCGACCCCCGCCUCCUGUCCCCCCCAGCCUCCUCCCCUAGGUGUCACCGAGGUCACCGCCGCUCGGCCUCCUGUGGCUCCCCGCUGAGUGGGGGCACAGGCGAAGGGGCCUCUGGGGGGCCUGGGCAUGGGGCGGGGGCGUCUGUGCCAGGGGCCUCUGACUGCCGAAUCAUCCGAGUGCAGAUGGAGCUGGGGGAGGACGGCAGUGUCUACAAGAGCAUCUUGGUGACAAGCCAGGACAAAGCUCCCAGUGUUAUCAGUCGUGUCCUUAAGAAAAACAACCGGGAUUCUGCAGUGUCUUCAGAGUUUGAGCUGGUACAGCUGCUACCAGGGGAGCGAGAGCUGACUAUCCCGCCCUCAGCCAAUGUCUUCUAUGCCAUGGAUGGCGCAUCCCAUGAUUUCCUCCUGAGGCAGCGGCGAAGGCCUUCACCUGUCACACAGGGCUCUGCCAGCGGUGCCUCAGCCUCACGAAUCCCCCCGAGGGAGGGAGGAGGGGGCUCCUUCCCCAGGAUCAAGGCCACAGGGAGGAAGAUUGCUCGGGCACUGUUCUGAGGAAGGCCUAUCGGUCAUGGUGCUUUCUCAUACCAGAUGUGGAUGGCCAUCCUGAGUGGUGGCCGCUACAUCACACUGGGACAGAAACCCUACAAGGAAUCAGCCACCCUGGGGCAGUGAAGUGCCACUAGUUUACCGGACACUGGGGAGCUGGUAAUCUUGUAACCAGGUUGGGUACCUGCAGACAGCUUCCCACUUCUCGUGAGUCACGUGCUGGGUGGACUCCAGUUUCUGG